UUCGAGUUUUUUACCGGUGACUCCUUGAAUAUUGUUUUGUCGUUGCUCGCUCACUGAAGAGAAAGAAAACAAUAUAUCACUUCCAUUACUGUUCCAAUAUAAAUAAAAAGUGUUUAUUUCUUCUGGCGAAUUCUAAUUUAAGCUUGGAUAUCCCCUGCAACUGAGGGUUUCGAGUUUUUUACCGAUGAAGUAGAAGAGAAGAAGAAAGAGAAGAGAGAAUAGAGCUUUAAAAAUCCUAUUUUCUAGGGUUUGUCUUCCCUAGAGGAAAUGUCAAAGGCUUAGUAGCACAGAGGGAGAGACAUUUAAUUUUACCAAGAAAAUGUUGACGGUAAGAGAAGAUCACACCAGGGGGUUUCAAGCAAUCUCCAGCAUGUCUAGGCCAAGAAAAGUUCGGAUUCAUAGCUACAAGUUACCAGAUCUAAACGCAGAUCCCUGUCUGGAUGAAGAAGAAGAAACAAGAGUACUGGUGGUUGGUUGUAAACAACAGGAUGCAGAUUAUAUACAAAACGUUCCUCAGCUUCCUUACGAGCUAGAGGUCGAGAUACUCUCACGCGUCCCGCGUUUUGAGUAUUGGAAACUAAACCUUUUGAGUAAACGCUUCUCGCGUUUACUCAAAAGCGGUAAGAUAUUUAAAGUGAGGAGAGACCGUGGUGCGGUUGAACCGUCUGUCUUUAUGCUCUCCAACGGCGACACGAGGUGGACUAUGUUCGAUAAGGACUUUGAGAAGUUUCAGAAAGUUCCUGAACUUCCUUCCGACAUGUGCUUCUUCCAUGGAGAUAAAGAAUCGCUUUGCGCUGGAACGCAUUUGAUAGUCACCGGGAGAGAAGAGCAGAGCAUUGCGUUGUGGAGGUACGAGGUUGAGACGAGCAAGUGGUUCAAGGGUCCUGCAAUGAUCACGCCACGGAUCUUGUUCGCUUCCGCUACUUGUGGGACUGUCGUGUUUGUAGCUGGAGGGUUAGAUGCGUCUUUAGAAGUCGUGAAUAAAGCUGAGAAGUACGAUUCAGAGACCAAAACGUGGACGCGUCUCCAGGGGAUGCACAAGAGGAGGAAAUUCUGUUCUGGAUGUUACUUGCGAGGCAAGUUUUACGUGCUCGGUGGGAGGGAUGAGAGAGAUGAAAACCUAACUUGUGGAGAACGUUACGAUGAGGGAACAGAUACUUGGGAACUAAUACCGGACAUUCUCAAAGACAUGUCGUUCUCUUCUAUUCAAUCUCCACCGCUCAUCGCGGUAGUGAAUGAAGAGCUUUACUCUCUGGAGACAUCGGCAAACGAGCUUCGUGUUUAUGAUACAAAUGCAAAUGUUUGGAAGAAGCUUGGUGAUGUGCCUGUGAGGGCUAAGUCUAAUGGAGGUUGGGGCGUUGCGUUUAAGUCGCUUGGGGACAAGUUGCUUGUGAUUGGAGCAUCGGUGGGUCCGUCUAGGACCGAGACGAUGUCGGUUUACACGUGUCGGCCUUCUGCUGAUAUUAAGGAUGAGCUGGUUUGGGAGGAGUCUAAACGAUGCUGUGGUGUUCAGCUCAGCCAUUUUAUCUUAAACUGUUGUGUGAUGAUUGCUUAAGGGUCUUCUCUAGAGAAAUUAGGAUCACUUUGGGUUUUUGUGUGUGUAUGUUGAAUAAGAUAAGUUGUGGCGUCCGUAGACGCUAAAACUUGCUGUUUUGUGGAUUGUUUUUCUUGUUCGGCGUUUUGCUUCUUGUGUGUUUCGUUAAACGCCGGUGUUUCUUCAUUUUGUGAUAUAAGCUUCAGCAUUCGUAUAAUUCAAGUAGGUUUAGGCAUUUGUAACUGACCCUGCCUAGACAGUAAAACAUAAACUAUAUCCGUU